GUCAAGAUUGUCAUAUGAUGAUCAUAAGAGUGAUCUGAUGCGAACGUUGCAUCUAUCGUUCACAUUAAGUGUAAGUCAUAUCACGCUGUGCGGUCGUAAACCUCGUUUGUAAUUUUUACAUAAAAAUCGUGUUUCAACACAAAUGGAUACAAAUCGCAAACGGAAUUAUUUCGUGGAUUUCCUAGCCAUUUCGUUUGGUGUGAGCGCAUGGGCCGGGAUAACAGGCACAUUACUACAGAUGCCGCAAAUUGUUCAAACGGCGCCCGAAGGAUGGAACUUGCCGUCGUAUAUAGUAAUUCUAACGCAAAGUGGCAAUAUCGCGUCUCUAGUUUACAUAAUCUACGAAAAAUGGUCUAGUGUAAAGUUUGACGAUGCGAAUUUGAUCUACUUGACGCUGGGCAUCGGUUGUUUGGCUGCAAUUUUAAUGGCAUUCUUCUAUCGGACUACCAUAAAUAUUGGCGGUGAAGAACGAAGCAUACCGUUGCUCAUUUUUACUGGAAUGUUUGCCAUUGUUGGGUGCGUUAGUUCGGUGCUAUUUAUGCCGUUCAUGGGACGAUUCCGCGGAAUUUAUCUAGUUACAUACAUGUUUGGACAGGGAUUAAAUGGUUUGUUAACGAGUACGUUGUCAUUGAUGCAAGGUGUUGGUAUGCCAGUAUGUGUAAAAAACAACAUAACGAAUGAGACAACUGUACAGUACUCUGAACCAUUAUUUGAACCAAAGAUUUACUUUCUGUGUAUAUUUGCUCUGUUGGUCAUGAGUUCACUUGCAUUCGUUCUCUUGAACACAAUGAACACGUGUAACAAAGAGUAUGCAUCAGCCGUGGAGAAAAAAGAUACACAUGACAGUGGCACUGGCAAUGGACAAGCAAGUGGCUAUCAAGCAAUAUCGACCAGUGAAUCUACUUUAUCUUCAUCCAAUUUUUACUACUUGAUGAUUGUUCUUGGUGUGAUUUCAUCUUUAACCAACGGUAUCUUACCUGGACUGCAAUCCUAUUCAUGUAUGCCAUACGGUUCUUCGGCAUAUCAUCUUUCGACCACAUUCUCAUCAAUCGCAAAUCCAUUGGCAUGUUUGUUCAGUCUCUAUACUUCCCGUCCAGCCGUACAUCGCAUCACCGUUAUGUUCAUAAUAACAGCAAUAUUUUCGGUUUAUAUUGUGAUAACAGCUGUUGAAAGUCCAACACCACCUUUCCACACACUGGCUAUCGGAAGCUAUUUGAUUAUCAUCGUCUGGACAAUGUUUACAGCACUAACCAGCCUAAUAAAAUUGGAAGUUUUGCAACUGUUUCGACGCAACGGUCAUAACGCACUCAAAUGGGCGGGUGCGUUCAUUCAAUUUGGAUCAUGCAUUGGUGCAGUGUUUGCAUUUGCUCUAGUAAAUAAAACGAAUAUAUUUACCGCCGUUAAGCCGUGUCAAAGUCACGAUGAUAACUAUGAUGUGAUUCAAUUGUGGAUUGCAAAUACCACGGCGAUUCCAUAAAAUUUCAUCCGUUUCACAUUCGAAGCGAUCAAAAUAGCUACAGAAAUUAAGCAAUAAAUAUAAGUCAUUCCAAGAAUUAAAAAAUAAAUAGAGAUUGUGUUGUUUUUAAGUUUGAUUUUUAUAUUAAUUUUAUUUCGCAAAAAAAUGUGUUUGUGUGUGUGUGUGUUUGUUUUUUGUUCAUUUUAAUCUAACGAUUUGUAAUUAUAAUAAUAAAAACAUUCAAAAAAAUCCUUUUUCGUGGACAACGUACACAUACGAUAUAUUGAAUAGAAUCAAAGUAAAUAUAUUUACGAUUCCAUUUUAAUAAAUAAUUUCCAUUUUU